AUGCCCACCCUUUCUUUAGGAUCCCUGGGAAUCCCUUUCAAUGUCACCAUCGAGAAGGCAACCCCGAAGAAGUGGACUCCUGAUCUGAUCAAACGAUUCAUUUCGGUCCGAGAACGUGUGUUCACCGCGCAGACCAAGCAGCUCAAGGAAUAUUUCAAAGCGGAUUCGGAUCUUGAGGCAAAAAUCUUCAACAUGAACAACGUCCUGACCAAACAGGUCCUCACUGAGCGCAAGGAUGCAAUGGCAAAGGAGAUCGCAGAGGCUAUGGCCGAGCAUUUCCAGAUGCCAGUGGAUAACGGCGACUGGUACGAAAUCUCUUGGCGUAUUCAGAAGCCAGACUGGACCCGCCCAAGCUUGCGCCGUGCAGAGUUGUCCAUCCGCAUGGUGGCACUUCGGGAAGGACUUCCGGUUCUAAUUCCUGGAGAUAAGAGACCCGUAGUCGAAUUCGACUACCCAGAGAAGAGGGGGUCGGCGCCCAAACCUUAUGGCCCUCCACAAGGACCACCUGGCAUGCCUGGAGAUAGCUAUGAUCAGAACUCGAACCUGGAGUCCGGAUCAUUGCACUCAGAGCAAGAUGGGGCGCUUGUGCUAAGGGCUCGGAAGCCCCCUUGCCAAUCGCCGCACAGAUUCGUCUCAUUUGCCUACCCGAACGGUGUUAAGAUGGAACUGAGUCGUUGGCUGUUCUCUUUUCGCCUGUUGACCAAUAUAAGCAGGGCUGGCUCGGUUCCGGUUCGGUUUUGUACCGGGGCUGAUUAUAGAAUUGACCCAGUUACCGGAACCGAGACUAUGUGA